AUGGAGCACUCUUCACCUCUUGCUGCUAUGCAGCCUCCUUCGGUCAUGUUUGGACAUUGCUUUCGUUCGGAGGCACCGACGUCCUGUGCUAUGGGCUCAAUGUCAAGUUUCAGCGGCAACCCGUUCAAUUUCAAGGAAUUGUCGAUGAAGAAGUCUACUUCGGACUACUUCCAAAUGAAGCCCAUUCGGGGGUCUUCGCCCACCGCCAGUCUGGCUGCUGACCUUUCUCAGAACUUUCAUAUUGAUCAGAGUCCGCAACUAGCCACCCCACGCCGGUCUUUGUUCACGGCCAGUAUGCUGAGCCAGGCCAAUGGAUAUGAUGAUGUGAUGACCACACCUCCGCUGCCAUCAUCGUCGCCGGCCCCGGCCAUGGAUAUUAUGGAUAUGUCCCCACUGCCUCACAAACCAGCGUUCUUCGUUACUACCGAGAUUGAGCUACAUUCUCCCACACCAGAGGGGAGUCCUAUGGAAUCUCCAUUAGCAUCUCCUUUGCCAAGUCCUUUGCAGGCGUCUCCCAUGGAGUCCCCUCUGUGCCCACCUGAGCGAAAGCGUCCAACCUUCCUGCGCCCCAGUCUGGCCCGGAGCAAGGCUCAGUCAUUUCAACUGGGCAUGCCCCGGCCGGCACCGGAGAGCAAGGCGCCCCCGUUCCGCUUCGGAACUGGAGCUAAGACUUCUCUGAGCACCUCUACUUCCCUUGAGGACAUGUUUGGAGAUUCGCCUCCGCGCGAGCGUCCUAUCUCCCGCAACAGCUCAUCGACCCAUUUGGCACCGCCUCGUAUGCGGCCAUCCCUUCACCAUGCCCGUAGCAGCGGCUCCCCCGCUCCCAACUCAAUCCGCAAGCCCUCGCAUCCUUUAAUGCGUCCCCGCAAGCAAUGCCGACGAUCAUUGAGUAUGUUUGAGCACCCAGCAGAUGUUAUUGCCGACAAAGAGGCCAAGGUAGCGACAAAUACACCCGUCCGGUCCAUUAGUGACAUUUCGAGUCCGCCCAGCAUGAAGCUGCCUCACUUUAUCCCCGAGGAUCGUGCGGACUCUCUGCCUCGCAUCGACAAAAGCACUCUCCUGGAUCUCAUGGAUGGAAAGUUCAAGGAGCACUUCGACAAUAUUUUGAUUAUCGACUGCCGUUUCGAAUACGAGUAUGAAGGUGGCCACAUCAACGGCGCCGUCAACUACAACGACAAGGAUCGCCUUGCUGGUGAGCUGUUCAGUGCUCCGCUGGCCCGCACUGCGCUCGUUCUGCACUGCGAGUACUCCGCCCACCGUGCCCCCAUCAUGGCCAAGUACCUGCGUCAUCAAGACCGCGCUAUCAACGUGGAUACUUAUCCCAACCUCACAUACCCCGACAUGUACAUUCUCGAUGGUGGAUACAGCUCGUUCUUCGCCGAGCACCGUUCGUUCUGUUACCCACAGAAUUAUGUCGAAAUGAGUGCCAAGGAGCACGAAUUUGCUUGCGAGCGUGGGCUUGGCAAGGUCAAGCAGCGCUCCAAGCUGAACCGUGCCCAAACUUUCGCCUUUGGUGAACAGUCCCCCCAAAUGGAGGAUAGCCCAACUGGACGUUGUCGCCUCGAUGGACGAAAUAGUCAUCUGGGUUCUCCAUUCUCCCAAAGCCCAAUCCCCGCCCGGACUCCCGGUCGUCGGAUGCUCUCUUACUAA